AGGUAUCGACCCGUGUUACUAUCUGCCCUCCCGUUUGCUACACACCAUCAGCCUCUUGUCGCGGAGCUGAUGAUAAUAAGAUGCUCGGGCGCUGUGUCGUAUUAAAUAACGAAAGAAGAAAAAAGACGAAUGAGCGGGGAACAUAUUCGACCGAUGCUCGUUGGCAUGUGUGGCAGCGGGAGAAUUGCUGAACAAGCAUUUCCAUAACAUCUCGAAUACGGGUGUAGAGGAGUAUACUCCGGCUUGGCCGACUCUUCUCCCCCCCUUUCCCCCUCUUCUUCCCACCCCGCAAACUUAUUCGCCCCUAUCAGUAACUCACGCUCGGAAAUUCGCAGUCGAUGUGAGCAAGAGCCCGUCCCCGGGUUGACUCUGAUCUCCAUGGCGACGGCCACCUACAGCCCCCAGUAUCUUGCCGAGUCGAGGACGGCACUUGUGAAUGCCUUCUACUCGAUCCCCAUCCCUCUCGAGAUCGGCAGCACCGCCUUCAGGCUAUGGACCAAGGCGAGGCCUCCGUCACAAGCCCAUUUCGCCUUCGACGACUAUCUCAUCAUUUGGGCCACCAUGUCUGCCGUCGCCGAGUGCAUAGCCGGCUUGGUCUACGGGCCGCCUAAUGGCCUCGGGCGUCACAUCCAAGCUGUUUCGAGGGAGCAGCGGCAGGCAUUCCUGAUGGGCGACUACAUCUUCAGCCACUUCUACGAUGUUGCUAUCGCCAGCACUAAACUCUCGAUCCUCGCGCUGUAUUACCGCAUCGUCUCAGCCACAAGGUUCCGCGUCGUCGUCAUGGUCACCGCCGCUUUCGUGGUUGUGUGGCUGAUAGCGAUGGAGAUCGUGCUGGGCCUGGGAUGCCGUCCUAUUCAGGCGUGGUGGGAUGCGGCGGCGGCUGCUACGGGCACAUGCGUGGACAAGGUGGCCUUUACGUAUUCCACCAACGCUAUAAACCUGAUCACAGAUUUAUGGAUCUUUGUCAUGCCUAUACCGAUUAUCCUCGGGUUGCAGGCCAGCAUGGAUAAGAAGAUCGGCCUCUGCUUUCUCUUCUCCAUCGGUCUUGGGACUUGCGCUAUCAGCGCGGCUCGCUUGUCCGUCAUCGUCUCGGUAGGAUCCGAAGAUAUCACAUGGUCGGAGGUUCCUCUGGGGAUACUAUCCGCAUGGGAGCCCUGCGGCGGCAUCCUGUGCGCGAACUUGCCCCUCGUAUAUAGGUCUCUCGCCCACGGGGUAGACCGGAUACGUUCGACAGUGAAGAGCUCGCGAACCCGCAGUCGAGAUAUGGGCGUGCGCCCGCGCUCGCCGUACCGCGACUGGACACGCCUGAACAACAGCGCUUCCACCAACCAUUGCCCUGUCUCGAAGGUGACGGUCACGAGAGGUCUGGUAGAGGCUGAGAUGGAACCCGUCGGACACACCGGAAUCAAGGUGGAGCGUGACUUUAAGCAGGAAUUUCACCAAGAAUAG